AUGUGCCUAUACCAGAACAGGUUUUGCCGGAGUGAGAAACAAGGAUGUAAUCCAGGAGGCUCAAGCUCUACCACCACAACAACUCUGUCAACCGACGUCGUAGCUCAAGAUGACUCCGAUUCAAGGGCGGGUACAGCAGAGUAUAAUGGCAACUUACAGACGGAAGAGUCGCAGGAUGUUUCCUUAUCCAUCUCCGCAGAGAGGACUGCUGCCAUUCCAGAUUCCAUAAGCUUACACACUGCCGAGACUUUCCCACUGGUCGAUGCUGACGUUCUUAACUUCGAUUUCUCUUUCAUGGCUUUCGACGAGGAUGUCGAACCACUCUGGCCGCCCGAUUCACCUUUUCCGUAUUUUGAUCCUUUAUGCAACUUGCCAUCUAUGUCCAUGAAUUCAGAACUCUCAGCCAGCUCACGCCCAACUCACAACGAAUUAAUGGAUGGAGAGUCUGACACCUCACGCGGGUUCUCUAUGGAGCAGUCCGAUCCCGUCGAGGCAAAAUGCGCCGCCAUCUGUGCGCUUUUACGGAAACUAGAUACAAGUGCCUCAGAGGAUGACCUGGAGCGAUAUUCGAGUCGCGAACAAGUUCUACAGUUCCAUCAACUAUACGGGCGUCAUUUCCAGUAUCACUUUCCGAUUCUGCAUUCGCCAUCUCAUAGUCUUCCGUCAAGCUCCCCAAUCCUUCUGCUGGCCAUCGUGCUCGCAGGAGCACAUUACUCACAGCCUUCAAACCCUGGCCAUCGUCUACUUCAUUUUGCGGUCCGGCUAAUCACACAUAUUGAAAUGGAGCAGGUUGUAUAA